AUGAAGUUAAAAAAUCAACUUUUUUCAAUAUGCUUAUUAAUAACGGUAGUUCAAGCUGCUUUAGUCAUAGUCACUGAAACAAAAUAUGUAACUGUUACUAGAAGUGCAAUAACUAAUGAAUAUGGUACUUUUUAUACUGAGAUACUAUUGGAAGAUCCUACAACUGAAGUGGUAUCACCCACAACAGUAGAAGAAAAUAUAAUCCCAACUGCAAUAAUAACUCAGCCAAUUUCCGUGCCGAUUGAAGAAGAAAAAGAAGAGGGACAAGGAUCAAAUCAAGCUAUUCAAGUUUCUAUUAUAACUCAAGUGUAUGAAGUUCCUAUUCCAGUGCAAGAAGUAAAUGAACAGUCUGAUUCUCAGCCUCAACCUCAAAACCAGCCCGAAAGCAGCCAAUCAUUAGUUGCGGAUAUUAAACAAGAAGUGCAAAUUCAACAAGAGGAAAAACCACAAUCACAAGUUCAAUCACAACCUCAACCUCAACCUCAACCUCAACGUGAAAUUCAACAAAAGUCUGAAACACAAAGUCAAUCACAACAGAAACAAGUUGAGUCAGCACAGAAUGUAGAGGUGGAACCAGAGCAAACUCAACAAUCAGGUCCAACAUUUUUACAAGAAAUUUUAAAUAUUCAUAACCAAAAAAGGUCGUUACAUGGAGUUCCAAAUUUACAAUGGGAUGAGACACUUUAUAAUUAUGCACAAAAUUAUGCUAACAAAUAUACAUGUUCUGGAACUUUAAUCCAUUCUGGAGGACCAUAUGGGGAGAAUAUUGCAUUAGGUUACAAAGAUGCUACAAGUGUAGUUGAAGCUUGGUAUUCUGAGAUUAAAGGAUAUGAUUUUAAUAAAGCUAAUGUUUUCAAUCAUAUGAGUCAAAUAAUUUGGAAGUCGGCAACAAAAUUAGGUUGUGCUAAGAGGUCACCAUGUAUAAAUGGUAUGGAUUUUUGGAUUUGUUCGUAUGAUAAAGGAAAUUUGAUUGGAAGUGGAAAGGAAAAUAUAUUACCAUUAAUUUAA